AUGCCUAUGGAGAAGCUCCGCAGUGAGGUGGAAAGUUACUACGGAUAUUGCAGGAGGGCAGUCAAGAAAUGGAAUGGCAAGGCCACAGAACAUGACAUAAGCAGAGCUGUGGGAGACCACCUCAAGCCUCUGGUAGAGCCGGGGGUGGUGUUUACCACUCCACCACGCUGGAAAAUUUCAGUGAAAGAAGAGAAAGACGUUUCAGUGAAAGAAGAGGAAGACGCGUUCAGAGUGAAAGAGGAGGAGGAUGUUACAGUAAAAGAAGAGGAGGAUGCAGUUUAUGGAGUGAGGAAGGAAGGGGAUAUUACUGUCACAUUGGUAGAGGUGAAGAUAGGGGAUCUGAUUAACACCAGGGAGAGACGGGACUACCGUGGGUCCUCUGGGGAGCCUCAACAACCUCAUGAUGCUGACAAAGCAGAGAAGACUCUCUCCAGAUCCGAACACGUCAAGAAACCCCAGCAGAGAUCCACAGGGAAGAGAACUCACUGCUGCUCUGACUGUGGGAAGAGAUUCACCACCUCAUCAGGCAUUAAAAUUCAUCAGAGAAUCCACACAGGAGAGAAACCUCACGGCUGUGAUCAAUGUGGGAAGAGUUUUACUCAGCUAAGCAGCCUGAUAUUGCACCAGAGAACACACACGGGCGUGAAACCGUACAGCUGUGAUGAAUGCGGGAAGAGUUUUACUCAGCUAAGCAGCCUAAUAUCACACCAGAGAACACACACAGGCGAGAAACCUUAUAGCUGUUCUGAAUGUGGGAAGAGUUUUACUCAGCUAAGCGGCCUGAUAUCACACCAGAGAACACACACAGGAGAGAAACCUUAUAGCUGUGAUGAAUGUGGGAAGAUGUUUACUAGGUCUAGCAAUCUGACUCUACACCAGAGAAUACAUACAGGAGAGAAACCUUUCAGCUGUACUCAAUGUGGGAAGAGUUUUACUAAGCUAAGCAACCUCAUAUCACACCAGAGAACACACACAGGAGAGAAACCCUAUAGCUGUGAUCAAUGUGGGAAGAGUUUUGUUCAAUCUAGCUAUCUGAAGAUACACCAGAGAAGACACACAGGAGAGAAACCUUUUAACUGUACUCAAUGUGGGAAGAGUUUUAUUUUAUCUAGCCUUCUGACAGUACACCAGAGAACACACACAGGAGAGAAAUCUUAUAGCUGUAAUCAAUGUGUGAAGAGUUUUGCUACAUCUGGGCAGCUGACAAUACACCAGAGAACACACACACAAUAGAAAUCCUUUAGCUCUAAUUGACAUGGGAAGGGUUUUACUCUGUUAAACAGCCUGGUAUGACACCAGAGAACACACAGGAGAGAAAUAUCUUAGCUGUAAUCAAUGUGGGAAGAGAUACUCUGAUAAAAGUUAUCUGAUCAAACAUCAGAA